AUGACUAACAGCAACAUCAAUUUCUAUUUUAUGGAAUUUGAUCCUUUCUCCCUAACCAUAGAUGGCGAUAAGCUUCGAGGUCGUGGCACUACAGAUUGUCUUGGCCACGUUGCUCUUGUGACUGAGCUCAUGAAGAGGCUCGGGGAGACCAAACCGGCGUUGAAAUCAUCUGUUGUAGCAGUUUUCAUCGCCAGCGAAGAGAACUCUUCAAUUCCAGGUGUUGGUGUCGACAUGCUGGUUAAAGACAAACUUCUUGAUAAGCUCAAAUUCGGACCUUUGUUUUGGAUUGACACAGCGGAUAAGCAGCCGUGUAUUGGAACCGGCGGUUCGAUUCCGUGGAAGCUUCAUUUUACCGGAAAGCUUUUCCACAGCGGUUUAGCUCACAAGGCGAUUAACGCCAUGGAGUUAGGAAUGGAAGGGCUUAAGGAAAUCCAAGACCGGUUCUACAGAGACUAUCCGCCUCACCCACAAGAGAAAGUUUACGGCUUUGCUACACCAUCCACCAUGAAGCCAACGCAAUGGAGUUAUCCAGGAGGCGGAAUCAACCAAAUCCCUGGAGAGUGUACUGUUUCCGGUGAUGUCAGCAUUAAUGAAGUGAUGACGAAGCUGCAAGAGUACGUAGACGACAUAAACAGUAACAUAGAGAAGCUUGCGACUCGUGGUCCUGUCUCGAAAUACGUCUUACCAGAUGAGAAUUUACGGGGAAGGCUCACGAUAAGCUUUGAUGAAGCAUCAGCUGGAGUUGCGUGCAAUCUUGAUUCCCGCGGCUUUCACGUUCUAUGCAAAGCAACCGAAGAAGUUGUCGGACACGUGAAGCCUUACUCGAUCACCGGUACUUUGCCUCUAAUCCGUGAUCUCCAGGAUGAAGGUUUCGAUGUGCAAACUUCAGGAUACGGUCUCAUGGCUACAUAUCAUGCAAAGAACGAGUACUGCCUUCUUACAGACAUGUGCCAAGGCUUUGAUGUCUUCGUCAGGAUCAUCUCUCAACUUGAACAAGACUAA